AUUUACACCGGCUGCUGUGCUGUUCUGCUGGUGCAAAUGCCCUUGUCACUAAAGCUCGCUGUCAAUGUACUGUAGGAGGAUAACUAGGAAAGAGUUAGUGCGUUCACAAAUUGUGCUUUGUAGACUCUAUCUUUAUAAAAUAUUCUAGAUUUGAAGACCAUGGCAGCCAAGAUUUUCCCACUAGUCAAAUUUGCCACAAAAGUGACCAUUGCAGGAGGGGCCGUUUAUGUAGCCUAUGAUUCAGGGCUGCUUGGAGGUGGCAAGGAGGGAUCUGUUGCCCUGGCCAGAGCUAAAGCGGCAGUCCCACCAGCUGUAGAAGAGUGGACGAAGUACUUCGGUUUUCAGCUUCCAGCCACACCCAAAAUCGAGUUUUCCCUGCUAGAUGCAUGGAACUCAGGAGUGCAGAAGUCUGUUCACACCCUAUCGGUUGCUCCUUCCACAAUGAACGACUACACAAAGCAGGGCCUGCAGUACCUUAAAAACCUUUCAAAAUAAGCAUUCAUCACCUCAUGCCUGGCAUAAGACGGUAUGAGCUUACAACAUCUCAAGUUUCAGUGGAUAAGACUGACUUCAACAACCUUAAGUUUUCCCCUCUUAUAUAAAUCAUUGGCUUGUGGAAAAAAAUUCAGGAAUGAUCUGUUUUUGCAUGCCCUGACUUUGCUUUGGGGCUAAAAUAACAAAAUAUACCCGUUGUAAAGUUCAAAGAUAAGUCCAAAUUUGAAGAUAGUAUUCUAUAUGUAUAUUGUUAUUACAGUUGUUUUAUUUAUCCAAAAAAUGUCUUCAUCCUGGACAUGAAAAAGGAAACCCAGUUAAAUAUUUAUAGUUUGUAUAAUGUACUAUAAUAUAAUGUAAUA